AUGGCGAACUUCAAGAUCGGAGUCGCUUUUGCUGGAACCCUGGUGACGGCACUGGUAUUGUUACAGCUGCUUUCUAUCGUUCAGACGUACAAUCCACCACCUAGUUUCGACUCUGUGGAAAAGCAAUCAUCGAAAUGGGAACAAAGAGCGGCAGAUCCAGUGUCUGAUGAUGUUUUCUUACUAGGAGCUGGGAAAGCUGAUAUUACGGGCCCCGUGGUAGAGGUGGCAUUUGGUGGUUAUGCUAUGCUGGAACAGAUCGGCACUGGUCUACGACAGAGAAUUUAUUCUCGAGCCUUCAUUGUUGCCAACCCCGAUCAACCAGAUGACACUUCAAUCUAUCUGGUUAUUGACGCGCUGACGGGCGACACUGCGGUGCGGCAUGGAGUGCUCGAGGCGCUCGCAAAGCUAGGGGGUGACUAUGCGCGAUACGGCGAGCGCAACGUUGCCUUGACUGGGACGCACUCUCAUUCAGGGCCAGGCGCUUGGAUGAACUAUCUUCUCCCACAGAUCCCCAGCAAGGGAUUCGAUAAGCAGAGUUAUCAGGCCAUUGUUGACGGCGUGGUCCUCUCUAUCCAACGGGCCCACGAGAGCCUGGCGCCAGGUCGCUUGAGCUUUGGAUCGAUCGAUAUUGAGAAUGCGAACAUCAAUCGGAGUCCUUACUCGUACGAUGCUAAUCCCGAAGACGAAAAAGCACGCUAUUCGGCAAACGUGGACAAGACCAUGACUCUCUUGCGGUUCGACAGAGAGUCGGACAACAAGACAACCGCCAUUCUCACCUUCUUCCCCGUACACGGCACAUCCAUGUAUAACAACAAUACUCUGGUCACUGGCGACAACAAAGGCGUUGCUGCCUGGCUUUUUGAGCGAAGCGUCCAGGACGAUGGCAAGUUUGCUGAUAACUUUGUCGCCGGAUUCUCCCAGUCGAAUGUUGGGGAUACCAGCCCAAAUGUGCUGGGUGCAUGGUGUGAGGAUGGGUCCGAGCAGAUGUGCCGCUAUACGGACAGCACCUGUGGUGGUAAAACUGAGGACUGCCACGGUCGCGGGCCCUUCUUCCGCGAAAAGGACAAUGGAGCCAAAAGCUGCUUCGAGAUUGGGCGCCUGCAGUACUCGGCAGCGAAGAAGCUGUAUAGCCAGAUAGACGCCAACCCAACUCAAGUCACUGGAAGCUCGAAUGUCCGUGCCUUCCACGCCUACCGCGAUCUUGCAGGCUAUACUUUCCAGUCUCCGUUCAAUUCUAGCAUGCUGACUACAUGUUCUGCAUCACUGGGCUUCUCUUUUGCAGGCGGCACAACCGACGGUCCUGGUAUGUUCGACUUCACGCAGAACAGCUCCGGGCCCGCAAAUUCUAACCCAUUGUGGUACGUUGCUCGCGCGUUUAUCCAUCAGCCGUCAAAGGAGCAGCGAGAGUGCCAGGCGCCCAAGAGCAUCCUCUUGGAUGUGGGAGCCAACAAAGAGCCGUAUCCGUGGGAGCCAAACAUCGUGGACAUCCAGGUCCUGCGGGUGGGUCAGUUGUUAAUAAUCAUCUCCACUAGUGAAGCGACUACCAUGUCCGGGCGACGCUGGAAGGAAGCAGUUGCCAAGUCGGCCAAAGAUGUGCUUUCGAUCAAGAACCCCUUGGUUGUCUUGGGCGCUCCGUCAAAUAGCUACGCACAUUACGUCGCUACAGAGGAAGAGUACAGUAUACAACGCUAUGAGGGUGCUUCGACACUUUACGGACCCAAUACACUCGCUGCAUAUAUCAACCUGACUCUCUCAUAUCUCCCGUACCUCGGCGAUUCGCCUGACGUUGCCACUCUCCCCCAGAUGCCCUCGGGGUUGCAGCCACCCAUCAACACCGACAAAUCGUUGACAUUCAUCCCGGGUGUUGUAUAUGACAACGCUCCGAUCGGCAAAUCGUUUGGCGACGUGGUCUCGACGGUUAGUAAGACUACAUACAAGCCCGGCGAGACAGCGAGCACGACAUUCGUCGGAGCCAACCCGCGGAACAACCUGCGCCAGGGAUCCACGUUUGCAGCGGUCGAACGACAGAACCCUGACACGGGCAAAUGGGAGACCGUGCGUACAGACAAUGAUUGGAACCUGAUGUACCAUUGGAAACGAACCAAUGGUGUAUUGGGAUACAGCGAGGUCACACUUGAGUGGCAGAUUGAGGAUGACUAUUACAAUCUGGACAAUCCGAAUGCUCUCCAGGCCGGAACGUAUCGUUUUCAUUAUUAUGGUGAUUCGAAGAACGUCCAAGGCAAGAUCAAGUCGUUUGAAGGGAUUGGAAAGUCUUUUACCGUUGCAACCAAUUGA